CUAGGUGAGGGGUACCGGGUUCGAGGGCAAGUUUUAAUUUAAUUUAAAUUUGGAGGAGUACAUGGAGGGCACGGUCGAAUUUCUAAGGCAAGCAGUGAGUAUGCUACCUAAGAAAGGAGACUGUGAAGGUUUAGACUUUCGAACGUAGCAAUACGUUCUAGGCCGAGGAUGGCAAAGUGCGAAUUAUAAAAAUCUUAUUCUUGACGCUGGCUAAUGCACAAACCGUGCCAGAGCCAUAAAGGAAAAAAAAACUGUUGGUUAUGUUAUGUAUGCACUGUGUUCUGUGCGUUGUGCCCAUAAAAAAAAUGUUUAUCCACCGAGCGCGGAACACCCCUGUGUUGAUUUUUUUAUUGAAUAAGCGUAUUCUAUGUUCAGCGACCAGAGUUGUGUCCAUAUAAAAAUUUAAUAUGCAGUAAAAUGGAUACUUCGAAGGAUGAAACUUUGGAUCUAUCGAGGCGUGGACUCAAGAAAAUAGAGAAAGCUCCUGCGGAAGAAUCAAAACCGAUUAUUAGUUUAAUUCUAGAUCAAAACGAACUACAACGUUUAGACAACAUCGAUACUUAUAUUCGCGUAGAAAAUCUUUCAAUAUGCAACAAUUUUUUACUGAGAAUGCAUGGGGUAUCUCGUUUGACGAAUCUCAGAAUUCUCUCGUUGAACAACAAUGGAAUUUUACAAAUAGAGGGGUUGAAAGAUAUGAUCUAUUUAAAAGUCCUUAAAUUGGCUGGCAAUAAUAUAAAAUCAAUAGAGCAUUUAAACCACAAUAUGCAUUUAGAACAUCUGGAUCUUUCAAACAAUCAAAUAUCCUUUAUAGCUGAUAUUUCUUACAUGAAACAUUUAAAGCAUUUAAACUUAGAACGGAAUCGUAUAAUGGAUUUACGUCAGUGUGAUCGAUAUCUCCCGACACAGCUCAAUCACUUGGGAUUGGCCCAUAACAACAUUCCUGAUCUGAAUGAAGUGUCCUUCUUAGUACAUUUGACUGAACUCGAUAGCUUUACAAUACAGGGAAACCCUUGUGUUGCGAUGGCUGGGAAAGACAAACUAGGUUUCGAUUACCGGCCGUUCGUGCUCAACUGGAUUUUAAGCGUCAAGUCUAUAGAUGGUUUUAUCGUCAGCGCAAUCGAAAGCUUGAAAGCCGAAUGGCUGUACAGCCAAGGCAAGGGCCGGCACUUCCAGACGGGGCAGCACCGCGAGUUGUGCGAAUAUCUGUCCUCGACUUGCCCCCUCACCGCCGACGCGCUGGAGACGGAGGAUCAGAGGAAACUUAGGCUUAUACUGAGCAAGGCCCAGCAGCAUCAACAGCAACUAAAAGAUCAAAACCACAGCCCCAACAGACCCAAACUGCAGUCGCCUCGAAUGCAAGCCCGCAUGACCCCGCGCCACGUGGGCCGAUCGCCCGACCGCCUCAGCUCGAGCUACCACGCCGCCGUGUCGCGGACGUCGUCGCCUGCCCCCCAAGCCCCGACACACGAUCUCAUGUCCUUGUCCUGUUCUGAACUCCUCGCGAAGGACUCGGCCAGGGAGAGGCGAGUUCCAGAUCGGCAACAACGACCGCCUAUUCAGCGACACACCCGACCCGAGCCGCCUUCGGGGGCUAAUCAGCCUCUGGAGGCCGCGUCCAAGAUGGUUCCGGUCCCGGAAUCCCUGAUGAGUCCGGACUACCAAGACCCCAUCUACGACAUCCGAAGGCCUCGGACAGAGUUGCCCGAGAGCUCGGCGUCGAACGCUUCGUCGCAGACCAGCGACGGCCGCGCUCGACGGGACGAGAGCGGGAGCCGCAAGGGAUCGCCGCGGCCGGGCGAGAGCGCGUCGUCCUCGCCAAAAUUAAAGACAAAAAUGGAGCAGCGGGUCGGAAGAGCCGACGCCGAGACGGAAAUCGCGAACGGACCGACGCCGGCCGAUAGAUCGGAAGCGAUCAAGUCGGCGUCGAACCAACGACACCAGAAGAAGGCGAGCGUGGAGAACUCGGCGGCCACCACCAUUCAACGCGUGUGGAGGGGCUACAGGAGCCGCAACCUCAACAGGGACACCGUGAGGAUCCUGCACGCCAUCCAGGCCGCCCGGGCCAGGCAGCACAUCCAGCGGCUGACCUGCGACAUGGAGGCCACGAAGGCGGCUCUCGAGAGCGAGCGCAAGAUCCAGCAGCUGCAGAUGCAGGCCAUCAACGCCCUCUGGAAGAAGGUCUCCUCUUUGCAGGCGCCGGAGGUCCACAAGCCGAAGGUCGAUCUCGAGGACAACGCGGACGCGCUGAGGCAGCUGACCGAGACCUGCGGCAAUCUGCAAGCUCAGGUGGAAGAGCUCCGGGGCAGCAUCCGCGAAGUGCUUCGCUUCGUGUCUUCGCCUCGAGGGCUGCCGCGCGCCUCGCAGACCGACGUCACGGCCCUCGUGGCCUCGCAGGAGGAGCUGACGAAUCGGCUGCGGAGGCCUCGCUCCCUGGCGCUGAACGCCUCCUCGCCGCUCCCCGACGCCGACAAACCCGAGGCGGACUCGAUACGUUUAGAGAGAACGGAGUCGAUCAUAGAAGACCGGGGGCCGAGCGUGGACCCGCAGAUCGAGAGGGAGAUCGUCGCCGACUGAUGAAUCCCCGGGGCGAAGGGGACGAAGGGGCCGCCCCUCGACUCGUCCGAGGUCACGCGGGACGCGCUUUUUCGCUUAUUUCUUUUCUUCUCACAUUCCCAGGCCACGAAGCGAAUACGGAAUUCGCUAAGAACGGGCAGAAAGGACAUUUUAUAUAUUGACUGAUUAAUUUUAAGUUUAUAAUUUAAAUAAGAGUAAGCGCACGCCUUUCACUAAUAAGUUUAUGAGAACCGACUCUCCCUCGGUGUCCAUUUCGGUGCCGAUCGGUCCCUCUUCAUCGCGGCAUAUCCGCCGAUUUGGUUUACGUGAAUCUCUACGCUUUAAUUAAGCCGCAUUUAUAUUUAUCUGACGUGUUGUGUUGUGAUGCUCUCUGUCGUGAUGGCUACUGUUCACAUUGAUAUGACGUGUUAUGAUGCAUUAUGACGGUUUUUUGUAUCAGUUCCGUCUUGACUCCCAGAGAGUUCACACAUUUGCAAUGUUUUUUCAAGAAUCAUCCGAUUCAGAUUCAGAUUUUGAAGAAGAGUUGGAAUUAUUGGCGUUGGCAACGCUUCUAACUAAACAAAGAAAAAGAAGAAGAUAUUGGAUACAUCCCGUAAAUAGAAAAAGAGAGAGCAGAGGCGAGUUUCAUUGUCUCGUUAAAGAGCUUGAGAGUGAUGCAGAAAAAUUUCAUCAGUAUUUUAGAAUGUCUAAGGCACAGUUUGAGGAAAUUCA